AUGAACAAAAGAACGAGAAGAGACCAACUUAGGACUAACACUGAUUCUGAAGAGGAAUCUGAACUGAACAUGUUUCUUAGAGAGCAUUUUGGCAAAGGAUCUUAUGAGAAUGCAUAUGCCUUUACCCCAAAAUUCACGGAUAGUCGUAAGAAAUUCCCUGCUAAAUCUCCCGGAAUUAAUCAGGACGAUAAGCCGAGGAAGACUCUGAGGAAAUCUUUGAUAGCACAAGAUGCUGAAAAUGUGGAAACUAAGGAUGAUAACCGAUACCUUGCUCCUAAGAAUGAUAAAGAUCGGGCUCAUUUGUUCUUGCCUAAGAAAAAGCUUAUCAGAAAAUUAGUGUCUUUAGUCAAACCCAACGCCAAAAAGAUGCAUCUUGGCUUGUGGAAAUAUGUGAUUUCAAUCAAGAAUGGAGGGAAUGCCAAUACUGGAGAACGGAUCAAGGCCUAUAUCUCUAAAGAUGCUGAGAUAUUUACCAAGAACAAAGCCUUUGAAGCAUGUAGGAGGGAUCAACAAGAUAAGACACUUCCUUAUGAGAGGUUCAAAAUUGGAAGAGAAACUUCUAAUAUCUCCAGACUUGAAUACUGGGGACUACCUAAAGGAAUCGUAAAGGGAUUUCAUAAUAAUACAAAGAUCAGGAGUCUCUUCGCAUGGCAAAUUGAUUUGUUGAGACAAGAAGGAGUAUACGAUGAUGGACGUAGCAUAGUCUAUUUCGCUCCAACAAGUGGAGGGAAAAGUUUACCUGCUGAGCUAAUAAUGCUCAGGAACAUCUUCGUACCAUCCAAAACUAGAACUGGAGUGAGCCCUUACUCAAUCAAUGCUGAACAGAAGCGUUGUGUCUACAUUCUUCCCUUUGUUAGCAUAGUGAAUGAAAAGACAGAAUACCUCAAAAGAAUUUGUCAGACUUCAAAUCUCCGAAUAGAAGCCUUCUGUAGUCAAAGUGAGAAUGUCUGGACUCCGAACGUGGACAUAGCUGUGUGAACAAUCGAAAAGGCCAACUCUCUCCUUAACAAAGUCAUUGAGGAAGGGACCUACAGAAAUCUGGACAUUUUUGUGUUUGAUGAACUCCACAUGAUCCUAGAUGGUCACAGAGGAUACCAGAUAGAAUACAUCCUAACUAAGCUUAAAGCUCUCGAGAAGUUAGAACAAGAGAGAAUGCUCGAAGGCCUCGACUGGAAAGGAGAACCAAGAUCCGAGGAUGACCAAAACCUCAAGAGCAAGACAUUUCAAAUCAUUGGGAUGUCCGCAACUAUGGGGAAAUCAGAAAAACUGAGUGAGUGGCUUGACUGUGACAUCUUUGAGAGUGAUUACCGUCCUGUUCCCCUCUCAGAGUAUUAUAUCUCUGAUACAAAAAUGUAUAACAAGAAACAUGAAGAGGUGUUUAAAUUUGAGCCCCAUUCGAACUUCUUGACGGUACUCAAAACUAUAGUUCGGACAUAUUUUCAUUUCAGAAAAUCAGUGAUAUUGUUCUGCAACACCAAAAGAUCAUGAGAAAUGCUUGUUCUCAAACUAUCAAAGCAGAUUGAGAACACGAUGACCUUUGAGUCAAAAGCAGAUAUGAAAGAAAUUUACAAAGAACUUGAGAUACUCAAGGGAAUAGAGUCUCUCGGUUCUCCCAGUAAAAGGUCACAAGAGAUACUCAAUGCUAGAAAUGAUAUAUUGAGAAAACUCUCAAUGACUAGUGUAGGUCUCUGAGACACUCUUAAAGAGACAGUUCCUCAAGGAAUGGCUUACCAUCACUCAGGCUUAACAGACGAAGAGCGAAAUAUCAUUGAGCAGGGAUAUAGAGAUGGUCAUCUCUUGCUUCUUGCAGCAACUUCGACACUUUCAACUGGGAUAAACCUGCCAGCGAAGGCUGUUAUCUUCAACAUGCCUCAGAUUGGAAGAGCUUUGCUUGACAAAACUCACUACAAACAAAUGAGUGGAAGAGCUGGUCGGACAGGGUUCGAUACCUUCGGUGAAUCAAUCUUAAUCUGUGACAAGGGUAAAUCGCAACACUUGGAACUAACUAAAGAUGUACUAAUGAAAGGAGAUUUUUCAGAGAUUACCCUCCAAAGUACAAUAGAUUUUUACACCUUGCGAAGGUUGAUCCUAGAAUCUAUUGCCAGUACAGCUGUGAAGUCGUUUCGAGAGAUCGGAAUCUUUCUGAGUCAGCUACUAAAAGUCCAGCUGCUCUCACAAGCUCCUUGCAAGGAAUGUGAGGAGUCAUACCACAGUAAUAAAUGAGUCUUUGAAAAUGAUGAAAACUCCGCAUUCUUACUAGAUUCCACUCUGAACGAAGAGAUAGCUUGCUAUAAAGAUAAAAUUAUCGAAGAAUCUGACAAAAAUCCUGAAGACAAGAAGUUAGACGAGGAAAUAAUUCAAGAGUUCUACUGUAUCAACUGUAUCUACGAUGCAGUUUUCAAAGUUCUGGUUCACUUAAGAAGACAAAAGUUCCUCGCUCUUAGUGAAAUUAGAGAGAAUGGAUCUGUCUUACCAACAUCACUCGGAAAAGCAUGCUUCGCGAGCAGUAUUACUCCAGAAGAAGGACUUGAGAUCUUUAAGGACCUAUUCAAUGCAAGGUUAGGUCUCCAGUUAAGCUCAGAUUUACACUUAUGCUUCCUUGUGACACUUUGUAUGUCACCUCUCAUCGAGCCAAAAUGGGAUAAAUACUCAAACAGGCUAAAUCAUCUGAUCCCAGAUGAGGAAAAACUUCUUGAAGAAAUAGGUAUUGACCAAGAACAAGCGUGUGGAUGGGCUUACUUUCCCCCUUCCCAAGAUUACCUUAAAGUAGGAGGAUCUCAGAUCUACCUUGAAAGUAAAAAGUACUGCCAGGUCAGAGAAGAAAGGAAGUUUUCACAAACAGAUGAACCUGGUCCAAACAAACUUGAUGAAGUCCAUGUACUGAGGAGAUAUGUCAGAUUCUUCAAUGCUCUAAUUAUUCAAGAUAUCCUCAGAGAGACACCUAUAAACGUCAUUGCCAGUACAUACUCCAUUAACAGAGGGAUAGUCCAGCAGAUACAGCUGGCAGCUGUAAAUGCUAGUGGAAUUCUCAGCUGUUUUUGAGAAAGACUUCACUGGGCUGAUCUCACGGUCCUCUUCCUGAGGAUCAACGAGAGGUUGAACAUGGAAGUUCAAGAAGAACUCUUAGAACUCAUGCAGAUCAAGAGCCUCAAAUCUGAAAAGGCUAGAAUACUCUACAAUGCUGGAAUUACAGAUCCAGAAACAGUCCAUCAUACUAGUGCUGACAAGUUGCUCAAGAUAAUACAAGAGGGAGAAUGCUUCAUGUCCAAAAAGUCUAAUUUUGAUAGAGAAAAUCAGUACAGAAGGAAAUACAUAGAAACAAUUGUCUCAGCGAUCAAGAAAGAAUCAAUGUUAUUAGUAAAGGACUUCAGCAAGAAGGAGGAUCUCUCCUCUUCUUCGCGGAGCGCAAGUUCCGCUGAGAACACCUACCUCGAGAUAAUCUCCGAUGAGGACGACCUCGCUGAUAUUGACGAGGAUGAUCUCGAAGAACUUGAAGCUCAAAUAAACCAAGAAGAUAUUCUAGAUUUAAUUUAA